AUGUCUUUUUUGAUGAAAAAGAAGAAGUUUAAGUUUCAAGUGCAUUUUACAUUAGAGGAGCUUACGGCGGUGCCUUUUGUCAACGGAGUGCUAUUCUGUAAGAUCCGGUUGAUUGAUGGUGGAGACUUCGCCGUUCUGUCAUCCAGGGAGGAGGUGCAACAGAACUGUGUUCGAUGGGGGAAGAAGUUCUCCUUUGUGUGUAAAAUGAGUGCGAAUCCAGUCACUGGCAUGUUGGAACCCUGCAUCUGUAGGGUCUCUGUACGCAAGGAGCUUAAAGGAGGAAAAGCCUAUUCAAAGCUAGGUUUUGCUGAUCUGAAUAUUGCAGAGUUUGCAGGUAGCAGUUCCAAAGUCCGCUGCUGCAUCCUGGAGGGCUAUGACACAAAAAAUACUCGCCAGGACAACUCAAUUCUCAAGGUGACGAUUGGGAUGGCGCUUCUCUCCGGUGAUCCAUGCUUUAAAAUGCCUCCCAGCACAGCCAAAUCUGUCUCCGAUGGAGAUGAGGAUCCCACCUUGCAGCUGGACUGUAAGGGGGAUAGCACUGAUGAUAAAGUACAACCACUCAGCACAAUUAUGGAGAGACCACGUGCUUUUAAACCUAGACAGACAUCAGUACGUAGUUUAGGGCUGCCUGAUGAGGGGAGUAAUGUCACCAACCAAGAUGAUGUCUUUCACGCUGGUCAUUUCCGCAACUCCAGUUUUGCCAGCCAACAUAGCAAGAUAUCAGGUUACAGCACAGGACACUCUCGCUCCUCCAGCCUGACUGAUCUCAGUCACCAUCGAAACACUUCGUCCAGCAGCGGCACUUCAUGCGGGUUUGCUCACCCACAUCCCUCCACCCCGACACAGCUGCAUCAGCAAGGAACUCCUACCAAACCAGAGAGACCUCCGCCACCUUCCGUAGCUGCCAUCAUGUCCAGUAGAUCGUCCAGAAGGAUGAAUGGCCUCCUGGAGAGGCAACAUAGCUGUGUGGACGAUACCCGCUUUGAUGCUGAUGACAUCGUGGAAAAGAUUGUUCAAAGUCAGAAUUUUUCAGACAGCAGCAACAAUGAAGACAGCAAUUUGCAGUUGUUUGUCAGCAAAGAUGGGACCACUACCCUUAGUGGGGCACAGCUCGCCAACAGAGUAACCCCUGGUGUUUUUGAAGCUGUGGUCAUUGAGACACAUUGA